GUUGUGCAUAGAGCCUAUUGCAUCUGUGAAACGAAAGCGUAACCUGCAUGUUAAAACGUGCACAUCGAAAACACAUUUCCAAAGAAGUACAAAGGUAAAUAUGUAUUAUGUUGGGACAUCCUCUCCAUCUGUAUGCCUACGUGUGUGCCCGGUGUGUCCGUCCUGCGUGUAAUAAAGUUAUUUAGGCUAUUAUAUCGAUACAAUAGCCUACAUAACUAUUAUCAAUCCGGACUUUUUUUUGUUUCAAACGCUCUGGUAUCUCAAGUAUUCUCUAUUUGAGAAUAGGCCUAUUUUGGAUACCUGAGCGUUGAUUCUGGUGCCUGUGAAUUAAAUCUCUGGUAUCUCAAGUAUUCUCAAAUUGAGCAUACUUGGGAUACCAGAGCGUUGAUUCACAGUUAACUUACUUUCACACGUUUACAGGUGUAGUAGAACCUCAAACAUCUACACCACAGGCUGCUGACUGUAGGCCUACACCUGUAAAUGUGUCUCAUUUUGAAAGUUUAGCUAGUUUGUCAAAUAGUUAUUGUGUCAAUAGAUAUGAGCGCAUCAACGCACUUCCCUGUCUCUCUUCGGUCCUGUUUUAAAAGCUCGGUGAAUACAGUUGAAACACCCCAAAAGCUGCCCUGGCCCCGACAUUUACAACACAAAACAGUUGAAAUUCACACAUAUGCCUGCAUUUAAAGAGAUCGCUGAAGAUUUCCCUUUGUCUUGGGGGAACUUCCUCCUUUACUUUCGCACUUCAGGAAACAUGGAACACGUUAAGCUCCGCCAUAUGGUAAAUAAAUAAUAAUGAUGUAUUAUUAGUCAGAGCAACCUCUUCAGGACUUCUCAUGGAAGUCCUCGUUCUCCUGUUGAUCUGCUUUUCUGCAGGGGAAGCUCACACCAUGAGGGCAGUAGUCGGUGACGACAUCACUCUGUCGGUCGAUACUCAGACGUCGUCAGACAUCGGCGAGGCUAGACUGGAGUGGUUCAGGAGAGACCUGGCUCCUGAUAUUGUCCAUCUGCAAGGAAACCGUCGGACAAUUUAUGAACAUCAGAAUCCGGCAUACAGAGGCAGGACGAUGCUGUCAGCAGAAGAUCUGGGCAGAGGAAUCAUCUCCCUCAAACUGUCAAACGUCCGACUGGCCGAUGAGGGGAACUACACCUGCCUGUUCAAGUCCACAGAAAACAUGUACUCUGUCCAUCUCCUUGUAGGUGCAGCCUCCUCCCCAGUCAUAACCCUGGAGGAAGUCAAGGGUGAGGUCCUGGUUCUGGGCUGCCGGGCUAAAGGCUGGUACCCACAACCAAAGCUCUCCUGGUGGACCACUGAAGGAGCUUUCCUGCCCGCUGUAACCAUGCCUGCAAACCAAGAAGAAGACCGACUCUACAACAUUUCCAGCACCCUGGUGGUGGAGAGGAAGAGUCCGAACAGACACCUCAUCUGUAGAGUUAAUCAGGAGCUCUUCAACCAGACCAGGGAGACAGAGAUACACCUUCCUGAGAACUUCUUUCCAGGUUUGGUCCAGCCAGGUCGAACUAGCGAUGGAUUGUUUGCUGUUACGGGUGUGCUCCUUUUGGAGGCUAUGGUGAUUUUGGGGAUUUGCCUACAGAAACGUUCGUCGAAACUCCCAAAACCAGAUGGAUAAGAGGGUUGUGUCGGGCCAAUAUGAAGAUUUGAGAUCCUUAGACAGAAUCACACAAGCUGCCACUGCCAACUAUGUGCCUCUAGCUAGCUGCUACUGCUCGCUAUGUGUCCCUUGCUAGCUGCUACUGCCCACUUUGUGCCUCUAACUAUCGGCUACUGCUCACUAUAUGCCUCUAAUGGCGUUUUUCCAACGGCGGGUGCGUUUAGGCCCAGUACGAUGUAGGUCUGGUAGUGUAGGUGCGGUUAGGCACAGCCCUGUUGCGGCUCGCGUUUCCACCGCCGACAGUACACUUUAUGGUAGGGUGGGGUUUAAGCCGGAUGGCGAUAGCCGCGGUAGCUACGCAAGCAUCGUGAAGCAUCUGUCGACCAAUCAACGGAAGGCGUGUGUAGCUCGAACUUUUUGGCUCCCUUUUAGGCCGCUUGGUGCAACGGAUGAGCACUGAGAGAUAAGUACGGCUAAUCGCGGAUAAGUCUGGACUCUGCACACUUUUGCCGUUGGAAACGCGAACCGUUCCGCACCUAUUCAUACCUAACCGCACUGCUUCCACCGCUGGAAACGUGUCAUAACUAACUUCUACUUCCAUCUUUAGAUGCUUUCCCACAUACACGUAAGUCCUGCUAUUCUCCCGCUAUUCUACGUGUGAAAGACCUAUCCUGACUUUGGUAUCCUGAAAAACUCCGGAAAAAUGAACACCUGUGGUAGUAUUUUAUCCGUAGGUAAUGUCAAUGACCUUAUAUUUGAAUGAGGAGUAGAAAGUAUGUAUUUCUCACACCACUUGCAUGUCAUUGAGUAUUUGUCUCUAACUCAUGCUCCAAUCUUUCGUGACAUGAAUUACAAAACAGUUUGAUACAACUAUGCAACUGUUAUUGAUCGAGCACCUCACUAGCCACCCUAGGAUAAUUCUACAUGUCUGUGGAAGUGUGCAGGUCAUUACCAUUAUUGACGCAAAGAAUCACGAGGCAGUGUGUUCUUAAGCCAAUAUGCUUGACUUUUUUAUUGAUGCAUAACUUUAUUAGACGUGAUUAUUCUUAUGCAUAUUUGUGUUUUAGUUACCUUUUUGUUAGAUGUGUAUUUUAGUAUUUGUAAGGAUGGCACCAGGCUGCUUGAGUGUUAUUUCCCUUCCUGAGAUGAGGUUGUUUGUAUCAGGCUUGUGAUGUGGUGUUCUGUGUUAUACUUUUUUUGACACAAUACUGUAUACUUCAACUGUUAUUCUGGAUGCUAGAAGUCAUUACCCUGGCGGUUUGUUGACAUUAAUGGCAUCACAAGAAUUCCGUUACCAUUUUGACUCUGUUACACUAAAAGGAGAAGUAGGUUACAUUUUGAUGAAAUUCCCCCUGCCCUAAGCACCUCUCAAACAGGGGAAAUAUUGUGAUAUUCCUGGUUGGCAGCUACAAACUAUCCAGUAUUGGUGUUUUUUUAUGAUAUUCCCGAUGUCACUUCGGAAAAUGUUCAUCUGUUGCAUAGCCUUGCUGAGCGUUCGCUAGAAUGUUUCCUUGGUGGAGCUGGCAUAUUCCUUAGCAGCUGUAUAUUGCUAGUUUCACCCCAUUCACCUUUACUCUCACCAUGGUUUGUCUGCACUGAAUAAUGUACUCGACGUCUAAUAGUACGUACGACAUGUGGGGCCAGAGCAACAGCAACACAGAGACUUCAUACCAUUGUACACCAAGUGCCCACCUCUCAGGACAUCGUCCUUAAAGCAAGUCUGACUUAUUGCAUUGAAGUUAUAUCGUCUCCAAAUCUCUUGCGGUGUGCUACACAGUCUGCUAGUUUACUUUCACACUUGCAUGUCCUUACAUUAAUGGUCCCGAGCCGAAACGCAUGGCUCAGAUUUCACUCCAUUCUUAUUUUAUUAGAAUAAAUCACAAUAUCCUACUUAACUAUUAACCCUAUACUAAACAAUAUAUAUGAUAUGUCACACAUAUCGUGCUAAUCAGGAUCUUCACACUUAAUCAGAUGGAAGAGAGAAUCAGAUAAAUUGCCUGUCAUAAGGCCUAUGUAUUCCAGAAAGAAAUAGGCUAAUUCAACUUCCGGCGUCAUUGCUCUGUUAGCUUGCCCGACUGCAUGUCAGGCUACCCGGGGUGUAUCACACAAGGGGAUGGUGGGGGAGCUGACUAGAGUGUGAGUGAUGAUUGGACUAGGUUGUUCUGAGAUCCAGGCUAAAAACGACAGCAAGUUCCUUUAUCUUAAAACAAUUGACAAUUAUCCGAAAAAUAUAUAUUUGUAGUGUACUUUUCUCAUUGUUAAAUAAAUAACAAAAACCUUCCUGGCUCCAAAAGUGGAUCGUUUUAAGAAGCGGUAAUGAACCGGUUGAAUGAAUAAAUAAAAAAGUAAAACAAGGUAAAUAUACAACAUAUAAAAAAAAGAAUGCAUUGUGUAAUACAUUCUUUCUUUAUAUGUCUGGAGACCAUUAGUAUUCUCUGCUCCAACAACUCAACAUAACAGGUCGAUAUACAGAUACUAACAUAACAGUUUACAUACAUGGUUAUGUUUAACCGAUAUUAACACAACAGUUUACCAUACAUGGUUAUGUUUAACCGAUAUUAACACAACAGUUUACCAUACAUGGUUAUGUUUAACCGAUAUUAACACAACAGUUUACCAUACAUGGUUAUGUUUAACCGAUAUUAACACAACAGUUUACCAUACAUGGUUAUGUUUAACCGAAGGAAUAUUAUGUUUCGUAUGCACAUUGUUGUGUGUGUGUUUGUGUGUGACUUCUAUGCAGCUUUAAUGCCCCUAUAUUGUUUGCCAUUUCUAGCUUUCUAUUUUCUAUGUUUUGACUGAACAGCCCCUUUCUACUCUUGAUUCGAAAAGCCCUUCAUACAUUUCAUCACAUGUACUCACAUGUACUUAAAUUAUCUGCAUUUCAUUUUACCAUGAAUAAAAAAAUAAUUGAUUCUCGGCUGAUGCGUUUAUAUCAUUAUUUAUGAUAAAACUUGUUUAUGCCCACCUUUUCAUGUGUCUCGCUGUACCAAUUUACUACAGGUGGAAAAUAGCAGCAUGCUAAAACCUGCUACAAUGCAUCUCUCCUUGUUUUAAACAAGGUUAAUGUUUGUUUGUACAUCGUCCCUGUUCAAAUUUAGUCUUAGAACGAUUCUCUACAAAGCAACUAUAUAAUUAAUGUGAUGAGUCGUUUGCUGAUCAACGUCGCCCUCUGCUGGCAGUUGUUAAAACACGACCAACCUUUCAUAUCAACAGAUAAAACAGGAUUACGUCACUAGCAUGCUCUCAGUUAAACUUAGCAUUAAAGGCUAUAACGUUAACGAUGUUUAACUCUAUCAAAUGUUUGGUAACAUGUUAUCAAUCCAAAUUUGUGCAAUAUUUAUCUGCACAUUUAUAUCACUUCAAUAUAAAUGUCAUCUUUUCAAUAUUGAUUAUUUCAUGUGCAAUAAAUACCUGCCUGGAUCAAUUUAUGCAUUUAAAGGCACUUGGGUUCUGCCAAAUGCCCACGUUACAGGUACCACAGUGAACUCAAGUGGAUCUUCAACCCCAUGUUUUACACUACAGAUCAUUCAUAUUUCACAUGGUGAGCAAGUGAAACCUAAGGUAUACUUUAAGUUUAUUCAUUGUUUUACUUAAAGUAUUAACAAUAUUUUUGUAUUAAAUCUGCCUUUGUUCACUAUGCCUCUUAUAAUAUGAGAGGAGAUGUAUAUAUAUAUAAUACAUAUGCAAUACAUCCUCUUUGGGUCACUAAACAGUAAUCUAUUUUUUAUUUUAUUUCUGAUUUAUUAACUAUUUGACACAUUCCUACUAAUCAUCAAGCAGGGCUGGAUCAUGUGAUCAGGAAUAUUGUUCACGGUGCUUUUCAGGGCUGACUUUAAUCCUGGUCCUGCUGCACCUCUAGAAGGUAGGUUUUAUUUUACUUAUUGUUUCAUUGUGUUAUAUAUUUUUUAUUGUUUGUUGCAUGAUUGUUGGAUGUUAUUGUACAUUCAUUACCCAAAUAUAUGACCAUAACUAUUAUACGUUUGGAUGACUCUUUAUCCUACUCAGUUUAGACAGGAAAUGAUUGGCUUGGUCUGGAAUUCCCAUCACACUUCCUCUUAUUACAAGAUUCACACUCGGAGACCAUGAAGAUGAAUUCAUCAAAUAUUGACACCCAUGUGUGGGUGUCAAUAUUUGUGGUUUUCGGUUCAUGGUUUCAGUUUUCCAAAAUAUGCCUCUGUUACCAUUACAGUUAACUAAUGGCAACAGUAGGUAGGUAAAGCCUUCCUAACCAUACUUAUGACAUCAUUUAUUUAACCAUUACAGAUACCCAAUACAGUAUCUGUACUGAUAAUGACAUUACAUUAGAUAACUAAAAUGGUAUCUACUGAUAUUUAUAGUACAUUAGUUACCGAAUACAGAGUUUGUUUGAAUACGGAUUCACUACAGAUACUAAGCAGUCGACACAGCUCAACUGGAACAUUGUGGUGAGUUGUUCAGACACCCUAGUUGCUGUCGUCCCCAGUGCAGAAGGACCUGCACCGGUAGGUAACCACAUACAGACUACUGCUUUCUCACCAUCCCACAAGUUUUCUGUAGUUCCGUUUUAGACACUAAGUAGGCCACCCGACUUGUCCGUAGUAGACGCUAUACAGGCCGCCCUAAAUGUGUUUCUCAAAUAGAUAAGUGACUCUUAAACCAGUGAGAAAAUGCAAGCUGUUGGACCGCGAAAUGCAAUUAAUAUUUAACAUGGUCAGCUCGUGAAACCUAAUGUAUACUUUA